CAUGGUUUAAGCUUCAAAUAUGAACUUGAGAAGACUGUAUUAUGAAUAAAAUUGUAAACUUAAUGUGGCAAUACCAAGUACAUUUCCCCGUAAUGAAUUAUUAUAUAAUCUAGGAAAGUCUGCUUAGUUUAUCUGAAUAAUAUUUGAUGCUUUUGCAUCCAUAAUCCUUUUUGCUGCAUUCCUUCUAUGCAUCUCUAAGUGCAGAAGACAUUUUUGAAAUCAGCUGGCCAUUGCAUGGCAGAGCUUAAAUGUGAUUGAUUUUUUUUCCUUCGGUUCCUUGCAACCGUUUCAGUACUGUCUCCUAUGUAUGUCCAAGUCAUCUUUUUUUUUUUUUUUUUUUUUUUCCCUCCUUCUCUCUUCUGUGGAGUCACAAUAUGUGCUCCUUCUUUAGGUAGCGUCAGGUUACUCAACCUUGAGGCUGUCUGUGCCCUUUUUACCUCCAAAUCAACUAAAAAUAGCCAAACUGCUCUGGUUGAAAUUUUCCAAAAUGAAAAUUCAGCCUGACACGUGGACCUAGUACAAAUUUUCAGACUGAAUAAUUCAAGACCUCCAGUGUCUAGCAAAAUAGAUGCAAAUAUUAAAAUACUGAGCAGCUGCUACCUUUGGGGUUUUAAGGAGGGUUUUCUUGAUCUAUGUGUAUUGUAAACUGCACUUCAGGAUACUCUUAAUUUGCUAUGUUAGCAGAUUAGCAAAACUUCACUCAUAUCCACUUUUUAAAUGGCUGCCUUGGUGGAAAAUCUUACAAAUGGGGGAUUAUAAUCUGGAAGUGUGUUUUGAGGGUUUUGUGAAGGUGAAUGAAGGAGAUGUACAUUGCACCUGUAUUUGAUUGUGGAUUUACAGUAAUGGCCUUUGCUUUCCUUCUUUCCCUUUCCCUUCCCAUGUUCAGCCUAAACCUCCUGGAUUUUUGAGGGGGCUUUGCCACUGCCUUCCCCGGUGUGUGAUUAAGGUUGUAGAAGCCCUGUGUCAAAGCCGGUUCCCAAGGCCAGGAGUGAGUUGGGUGUCUCCGGGUGGUGUUUCCAGAGCGGGCUGUCGGGCAGUCAGGCGCUGCCAUUUCGGGAGGAGCUCCAGCGGAGUGCGGCCCUCCCAUUUUGUGUCUUAGGAGCUGGCAGCGCCCAUUUGCAGCCCCGCCGUCGGUGCCCGUGGGGUCCAGCUGCGCCGAGGUCUGCACAGAGCUGCUUCUAGGAGCUCCUUUCCUUGCAGUCUUGAUUCCAAAGGUGAAAUGUCAACAAAAGUGCCAAACAUUAAACUGAAAAUUGAUCCUCGGAAUCUGCAGAUCCAGACGUUUACAGUGGAGAAAUUACUGGAACCCCUGAUAAUUCAGGUUACCACAUUAGUGAACUGUCCACAGAAUCCUUCCAGUAAGAAAAAGGGCCGUUCCAAAAGAGCUCGUGUCUUGCUUGCUUCUGUGGAAGAAGCCACUUGGAAUCUGUUGGACAAGGGAGAAAAAAUUGCUAAGGAAGCAGUUGUGUUUCAAGAGGAACUUCAUGCAGCUCUUGCUGAUGUGCGGAAAGAGAGUGAGGCCUUGCGGGUGUCGGCAGAGGCGUUCACCAGUGACCCCUGCUCGCUGCCCAGGCGGCAGGCUGUUGUCCCCGCCGCGCGCUCGCUGCUGGCCGCCGUCACCAGGCUGCUCGUGCUGGCCGACGUGGUGGACGUGGCGUGUCUGCUGCAGCACCUGGCCGUGUUUCAAAGAACAUUUGAAUCUUUAAGAAAUGUAUCCAGUAAGUCUGACUUACAGAAAACCUACCAAAAGUUUCAGAAAGAUCUGGAAAAGCUUGAUUACUUGGCAUACAAACGUCAGCAGGAUUUGAAAUCUAGCGAUCAGCGAGAUGAAAUUGCUGCAGCACGUGCAUCCCUGAAGGAAAAUUCUGCUUUCCUACAUUCAAUAUGUUCAGCUUGUUUGGAACAUUCAGAUGUUGCAUCCCUUACAGCCAGCAAGGAUUCAAUUUGCAAUGAAAUACAGAAUGCUCUCAAUGUAAUUUCUAAUGCUUCCCAAGGAGUUGGAAAUAAAAUGGAGCAACCUGCAUCUCGCACAGCCACUCUUGGAAGUGCACUUGAUGAGCUUGAGAAUUUAAUAGUCCUGGAUCCUGUGGCAGUGAACGAAGAGAAGGCGAGGCCGUCCCUGGAGCAGCGGCUGGAGGCGAUCAUCAGCGGGGCGGCGCUGCUGGCCGACUCCUCGUGCACGCGGGACUCGCACCGCGAGCGCAUCAUCGCCGAGUGCAGCGCCAUCCGCCAGGCCCUGCAGGACCUGCUGGCCGAGUACCUGCGCUCCACUGACAAGGCAGAGAGGAGCAAUGCCUUGAAUGUUGCCAUAGAUGGGAUGUGCAAGAAGACCAGAGACCUCCGCAGACAGCUCCGGAAAGCCAUUAUAGAUCACAUCUCAGACUCCUUCUUAGACACCACUGUUCCACUGCUAGUGCUCAUUGAAGCUGCUAAGAAUGGAAGAGAGAAAGAAAUAAAGGAAUAUGCUGCUAUAUUUCGGGAACAUACCAGCAGGCUUGUGGAGGUUGCCAAUCUGGCUUGUUCGUUGUCAACAAAUGAGGAUGGAACGAAGAUUGUCCAAGUGGCAGCCGGUCACAUCGAGACGUUGUGCCCACAGGUUAUUAAUGCUGCUUUAGCUCUUGCUGCCAGACCAAAAAGUCAAGUUGUGAAAAACAACAUGGAGAUGUAUAGGAGUACGUGGGAGAAUCACAUCCGUGUUCUUACUGAAGCUGUGGAUGACAUAACGAGUAUUGAUGAUUUCCUUGCUGUCUCAGAGAGCCACAUCCUGGAGGACGUGAACCGCUGCAUCGUGGCGCUGCGGGAGCAGGACGCCGAGGGCCUGGACCGCGCGGCGGGCGCCGUGCGCGGCCGCGCCGCCAGGGUCGCACACGUGGUGGCGGGCGAGAUGGACAGCUUCGAGCCGGGGCCGUACACCGAGGGCGUCAUGGCCCACGUCCAGCACCUCACCGCGGCUGUGAUUCCUGAGUUUAUUAGUCAAGUAAAUAUUGCAUUGGAGAGCUUAAGCAAGAACACAGUGCAUCUGUUUGAUGACAACCAGUUUGUGGACAUUUCCAAGAAGGUAUACGAUACGAUUCAUAGCAUCAGGUGCUCGGUCAUGAUGAUACGGACGGCCGAGGAGCUGCAGGACGUGUCUGACCUGGAGGACGAGCACGACGCGCGCAGCCGCACCAGCGUGCACACCGAGGGGAGGACGGACCGGGCCAAGAUGACUCAACUGCCAGAAGCGGAAAAGGAAAAGAUAGCUGAGCAAGUGGCUGAUUUCAAAAAAGUCAAGAGUAAGCUUGAUGCAGAGAUUGAAAUCUGGGAUGAUACCAGCAAUGACAUAAUUGUUCUGGCCAAGAGGAUGUGUGUGAUUAUGAUGGAGAUGACUGACUUUACAAGGGGGCGAGGCCCGCUGAAGCACACGUCCGAUGUCAUCAACGCCGCCAAAACGAUCUCGGAGUCGGGCUCGCGCAUGGACACGCUGGCGCGGCUCAUCGCCGACCAGUGCCCAGACCAGUCGUGCAAACAGGAUUUACUGGCGUACCUAGAACAGAUCAAGCUAUACUCCCAUCAGCUCAAGAUCUGCAGCCAGGUUAAAGCUGAAAUCCAGAAUCUCGGUGGGGAGCUCGUCAUGUCUGCACUGGACAGUGUUACUUCACUAAUUCAGGCCGCCAAAAAUUUAAUGAAUUCUGUGGUGCAGACAGUGAAGAUGUCCUACAUUGCAUCCACAAAGAUUAUCAAGAUUCAGAGUCCUGCCGGCCCACGACAUCCAGUCGUGAUGUGGAGAAUGAAGGCUCCAGAGAAGAAGCCCCUGAUUAAAAGAGAGAAGCCAGAAGAAAUCUAUGCUGCUGUCAGAAAAGGUUCUGCAAAGAAGAGAAUCCAUCCUGUGCAAGUCAUGAGUGAAUUCAGAGGCAGAGAAAUAGUCUAAUAUUUUGCCACUAUGCCUUCCUAUCUUGAAUUUCCGAAUAUUUUUCAUCUUUCCCCCCACUUAUUCAAUAACUGUGUAUCUCAGUGUUUUGCUCUAAAUCUGUAAGAUACCACUUGCUUAAACUAUUUGAAAAUGCUGUUGGAUUGAUUGGGAGUUCAUGGUUUAAAAUAACACUGAUUCUCCUGCAGUGACAAACUGGUGUCCCUGCACAGCUGGGGAGGAGCCAUCGUGCACUCCCCAGGCAUUGGAGCUCCUCAGCAGGGUGAGGGUGGCCCCUGCUGCAGUGGGUCUGGUUUGUGACACAGGAUUUCAAACCGGUGCUGCUGGGCCACGGCCCCGAUGGGCAUCAGCACCGUGACCAGGCCAGCCGGGCUGCAAACCUGCUCCUCACUGCAGCACCCAGACCUGUCCUUGGCCAAGGCCACGCCUUGGAAAUGUAAGCCUGAAAAUGUUUGGUGGAACACACAAAGUGCUGCAACAAUGUGGAUGUAAUAAUGUAGUAAAAAAAGCACUGACUGCAAGCCAGCAGGGAUGACAGCUCUUUGGAAGGCCUUUGGAAACAUCAACAGAAAUCUCUCUUCUGUGAGCCCCAAUAAAUCUGCUGACUGUUACAUUUGGCAGUUCAGAUAAAUCAGACAUUAACAAUAAAAAACUUUCCUAAUUGCUGCACGAAAGAACAAGUUUGAAAUAAAUCAAAUUCAAGUUUGAAAUAAAUUAUUCUGAGCCCUCUGUGUGAAAAACACAUACCUUGAAUAUUAGGAGUGGAGAGAGUUUUCCAACACAACUGCAGGGGGUUACUUCUGACAGAUGAGUCCUAAAUGCAGGGCUCUGCUGCUGAGUGUUGAAUGGCUGCACUCAAAAGUGUGUAAUGAAGGUAAAUCCUCCUACUCCACACCUCUGCAAUGUAAAACUAGUUUUUUCUAAAUGCUUUUGGAUCUGAAAUUGGCUUGCACUAAUUUUUUUAGAAGGCUCUAACUUGCCUUUUUGCCAUGUCAUGAAUUUUUCCCAGACUGCAUUUGUUAGUCAAGAUGUCUCUGCUUGGCCAUUCAGCAGAUCCUUUGGCAUGGCCUUCUGCAUUUCCUAAGGUGAAAGGGUCCCUCAAAAGCCAGAGUUUCCUGUGGGUCACUGCCUACCCUUAUGGAAUGGCUCCACACACUGGGCUGCUGCUCCAGGUCAUUUAUUACCAUGUUUGCACAGCAGUGCCCGGCCCAGCCCAGUGUGGGCAGCAAGAACACCCUAAACUGUGCCUGUCCUCUUGGGGCUGCUCUCUUUGUAAGCUCAGGACACUAAGCAGGGUGAUUUCUAGGCUGCCGGUUAUGAAACUCUGUGAAAAUAUAGUGCUCAUGGAAUUAGAAAUUCUACAGUUCAUUUUUCCACACCUUCUCUAACAUUUCAAUCCUUAAAUGGCACAAAAGGAAAAGUUUGGAAGAAGGCAACUCCGGUUCCCUCCAGCACGUUUGCAUCAAGAUCUUAGGAAUGUCUCCUGGCUUUGCUGCUCCUCCGAGGGCUCCAGAGGCAUCAGGGGAGCUGACACAGCCUUGUGACCUGCUCUGGGGUGUGCCUGUCCUGAAACCCUCCUGUGUCCAGGUUACACCUUGGAUCCCGGUCCCCUCGACAGAAACAUUUGUAACUAAUGCCUGGUAUCACAUUUAUUAAUAAAGAAGCGUGUACACCCCUGAGGAGCUGCUGUCGGUGUUGUGGGAUUUUCCCAGUGUGUGUGAAGGGCAAGGCCAAGGCCUGCCAGGUGUGCCCACAGCAGCCCAGCCUUCCUUCCAGCAUGCUGCACGUGCCCCAGCAGCUGCUCUACAGGAGAGGUUUGCCAGCAUCAGUAUCACCAAAGCACACUUCACUGCUUCAUUUCAUGCUCCUUCCUGCACUGCCAGUCUCUGCUCUUACCCUGGCCAUGCUCAGUAGCCAGUUUGAUCUCAACACAGCAAUUUGUUGAUUUAGAGGGUUGUGAAAAACCACCCUUUAAAUGAACAAGGAAUUUAAAACCCACUGCGGGUUGUUGAGAAGAGCCAAAAGAACAAUAACUAAAUCUAGACUAAAUUUAUCUUCGGUCAAAUUCAAUCCCAAGUGAAGAAAUUUGUUCCUGGCUAAGGAGGCAGAGAUUAGAAGUGCUGGAGCUGUAAAAAGCCCAGCUCAUUACCCCUCAGCCAGACUGGGAGGCAGGGAACCACCACUUCCCUGCCAGGAGGGAGAAUUCUGAAGGAGGAUGAACUGCUCAGUAAGUUUUAUUCCAAGCAGCUCCUCAUUCAUCCCUCAAUCUCCCCGUUCCCUGCUAAGCCCAGCUCUCAGAGCUUAACUUCUCCCCCAGUUUCUGUGUGCACAUCCUCUCACACUGUGCCUCUGCUGCUCUCAGCCUGGCAGAGCUGCAGCUUUCUCACCUCAGCAGCUGAUGAUUCCAUCAGCCUGCCGUGGCCUCUCCCCAUUACCACAUCAGGAGCAAAGUGUGAUGGAUGAUUGAAGGCAUUUUUACAGGAAAAAUUUUCACUAGAGCACUAAAACGUGAGAGUCCCAUUGCUGGAGCCCAUUAGUUUGAGAGGACAGGUCUGCAGCACUUCUAUGAAUGCCAAAGCUGUUGAAUUUUUAUUUUUUUUAAUAAACAGCUGAUGUACUUUUUCUGCCAACAUAGCCUGGUAGCACUAGGGAAGCUCUAUAGCUGUGUCUCUACUAAGGAACACAACUCAGCAGCCCGACAUCAGCUCCACUUCCUUUCCUCCUGCACAGAUCCUCUGCAGCCCAUGGAGCUGUGCCUGGUUACACACAGCAGGUAAUGUCCCUGGGGGCUGGGAGGAGACACAACAGAACAAAAGCAUCAUCUGAUAUUGUCCAGUAGAGGCAACUUAGCAUAUGAGUAGUUAAAGAAUAGUUAAAGAUCAAGCAGAUGAUGCUACACACUUUUGUUAAAGGGAAGAAGAUGCACUGGCGGUGUUAAUUAGAAAGUAAUGGAUUUUGUGCUGUGCACUGGAAGUGGUGUUGCUGCACUGAAAAUACUACCUUUCAAAUAAAAAUCCACAACUCACUGGAAACUUUCUUGGCAUAAGGAUAAACAAAAUAUAUCCAAAGCAGAAAUGGCAAACAAACCAUGAAAAUACUUUAAAGCCCCUGAUGUCUCUCAUUGACAGGAGGAAUGUGCUGUUAUGGUCCAAGGAACUGGAAGCUGAGGAACUAAUUUUUGGCUCCAGCCAAAAAGCAAUAGUUAAGAUGAAAGCUUGCACUGCAAGAGGUGGAUCUAAGAGUUUUAUGUUUUUACAGGUUAGGAAAUACUCACAUUCUACUUCUUGAUGGUGAAAAUGGCUGUGUUAAAGCAGGCUGGAAACCACAGAGAUGCCCUGUGCAGGACUGAUUCGUGACCCUCAGAUCUUUUAUCAGCCUGGCCAUUUUAGAGCCCUUGGCUUUUCUGCUGCAGUUCUCAGUUACUUUCACAGAAGGCAGCACGAGACUCAGGAGCUGCCAGCACCCCACAGCUCAGGAGCUGGGGGUCAGGCACUGCUCUUCCCAGGGGGUGGAGGGUUAAAGGAGCUGGUGCUCCCUGCUCCAGCAAGCCUCUGUGCCUUGGCUGCUCCAUUCCCAGAGCUCCCUCACUGGAUGGAAACAGGACAAGAAAUUGCUCCCACACUUUGUACCAUGCCCAACCAGCCACCAUGGCUAAGAGAAUGGGGAGAAAACUAACUUUCUUGGUGGGAUUUUAACUUCUCUGGUGAAGGAAGAGUCAUUUAAAGCAAUGAUUUCUCCAGGAAAGCAGAAUCUGCCUAGAGUCAAGGCUUUCCAAAGAUGACAAAACAGCAAAAGGCUGUUUUCUGUUUUCUGCCUUCCACUUCCUCUACAAACCCAGUCCAGUCCUCUCAGACAUCACUGAGGGUUGGAGCUUUGCAGCUUGCUAGGGGUGUGGUCCUUAGAACCUCAAAUGAAAAUAAGUAAAUAAAACAACCAGUGCACCUUGCUGUCAGGAAGAUUUACAUCAGUUUCACCAAGAGAACAUCUGGGUGCAUAUUGCAAGAUUUAUAUUUAGCCCAUCUGCACUUGGGAGCAAGUUGAGGACAGAAAAGAGAGGACUAAAGCUCUGCUGCUUUACCUCUUGGGUACAAAUUCAUGGAAGGGCAAUGUAGGUUAGGUAUGGGGAAGGAAUUCUUCACUGUGAGGGUGGGUUGGGGAGCCCUGGCACAGGGUGCCCAAGGAGGCUGUGUGCCCCUGGAUCCCUGGAAGUGUCCAAGGCCAGGCUGGAUGGGGGCUGGAUGGGAUAGUGGCAAGUGUUGGACAAGAUGGUCUUCAAGGUCCACUCCAGGCCCUCAGCACUCUGUGCUUCUCUAUGGAUUAUGCAGAUGCCACAGACUUCAUACAGAAAUAGUAAACACAAAGAGAGGCAGGCUCCAAGCACACACUGCAAACCAUCUGCCCUUAGUGUGGCUGCCUUAAUGCCUGGCUGAUCUUUGCCCUUGGCUGACAGGAAAAUAACCCUCUCUUAUUUACCUAUUUAUAUAAUUAACCUAUUAUGUCUUCUGUAUCUAUUACAACU